UCUGAAUGCACACCUAAGCUACUGAGAUUAUCCAUAGUUUUAGCCCAUUGUAGUUUUUGACAUAGUUUGAAUAAUAUAGUUGAAUGGUGUGUGUUUCAGCGAGAACAAGCAACAGAUGCCGACUGAAGCUCAGGUCGGUGUACAACAUCGCUAGCGUAUGAGGACUUCAACUGAAGCUCUGGUAAAAGCUCUCCUUAAGAACCCCAGUGCCAUCAAAUCCAGAUCACAGGCUCAACAACUCCAUGCCCAGGUGCUCAAAUUUCAAGCUUCAUCUCUUUCCAACCUUUCCCUUGUUCUAUCCCUCUACUCCCACAUUAAUCUUCUCGAUGAUUCACUCCGUCUUUUCAACACCCUUCACUUCCCUCCGCCUCUCGCCUGGAAGUCUAUCAUCCGUUGCUACACUUCUCAUGGUCUUCCUCAUCAGUCCUUGGCUUCUUUUAUUGGAAUGCUGGCCUCUGGGCUAUACCCAGAUCACAAUGUCUUCCCUUCUGUUCUAAAAUCUUGUGCAUUGCUUAUGGAUUUGCGUUUGGGGGAGUCCGUUCAUGGGUACAUCUUAAGAGUAGGCUUGGAUUUUGAUUUGUAUACUGGUAAUGCGUUGAUGAAUAUGUAUUCGAAACUGCGAUUUCUGCAGGAGUCUGGGAGGCAGAGACUUGGUACGGGCGAGGUGUUCGACGAAAUGACUGAAAGGACACUAACUGGUAGAACUUCCUCUGCGUUAGUUGGUAGUGUGGGGAGUGACACUGAAGCAUUUCAUUAUGAUGUUUCUUGUGGAAGAAGGGAGUUUGAAACACACAUUGUUGAAACAGACUGCAAACACAGCAAGAAAUUUAGGGACUUGGAAGCCUGGAAUCUUGGGCCACAAAUCAAGGAUAUUUCUCAUUCAAAAGGACGCCAAAGUGAGGAUACCGUGAGAAAAAUCUUUGAGAUGAUGCCUGAAAGGGAUCUUGUCUCAUGGAACACCAUAAUUGCUGGAAAUGCCAGGAAUGGUCUGUAUGAAGAAACUUUAACGAUGGUUAGAGGGAUGGGUGAUGCUAAUUUGAAGCCUGAUUCCUUCACUCUUUCUAGUGUGCUUCCACUUGUUGCAGAAUAUGCAGAUAUCAGUAGAGGAAAAGAGAUUCAUGGAUGGGCUGUAAGACAGGGUUUUGAUGCAGAUGGAUAUGUUGCAAGCAGCUUAAUUGAUAUGUAUGCGAAGUGCACACGAGUAUCGGAUUCGUGUCGGGUAUUUAGUAUCUUGACUAAGCGUGAUGGGAUUUCAUGGAACUCUAUCAUUGCAGGGUGUGUUCAGAAUGGUCUAUUUGAUGAAGGUCUGAGAUUUUUCCACCAAAUGUUGAUGGCUAAAAUCAAGCCCAAGAGUUAUUCCUUCUCAAGCAUUAUGCCAGCUUGCGCACACUUGACAACAUUGCAUCUGGGUAAGCAGCUCCAUGGAUACAUCAUAAGGAAUGGCUUCGAUGACAACAUAUUCAUUGCAAGUUCGCUAAUCGACAUGUAUGCAAAAUGCGGUAACAUUAGAACGGCCAGGCAGAUUUAUGACAGGAUGAGAUUACGAGACAUGGUAUCAUGGACUGCCAUGAUUAUGGGAUAUGCUUUUCACGGGCAUGCUCUUGAUGCUAUUGACUUAUUUGAACAAAUGGAAACAGAAGGAAUAAAGCCAAACUAUGUGGCCUUCAUGUCCGUAUUAACUGCUUGUAGCCAUGCUGGAUUAGUUGAUGAAGCUUGGAAGUACUUCAAUAGCAUGACACAAGAUUUCGGGAUUGUUCCAGGAGUGGAACACUACGCUGCUGUUUCAGACCUUCUUGGACGAGCUGGAAGGCUGGAGGAAGCUUAUGACUUUAUCUGUGGGAUGCAUAUGGGGCCAUCUGGGAGUAUAUGGUCGACAUUGUUGUCUGCUUGUCGAGUCCACAAAAAUGUCGACAUGGCCGAAAAGGUUGCUAAUAGAAUUUUUGAAGUCGAUCCAGAGAACACGGGAGCUUAUGUAUUACUAGCAAACAUAUAUUCUGGUGCAAGGAGAUGGAAAGAGGCCGCAAAAUGGAGAGCCUCAUUGAGGCGCACAGGCAUUAGAAAGACACCAGCCUGCAGCUGGAUUGAAGUUAAAAACAAAGUACAUGCUUUCAUGGCUGGAGAUGAAUCCCAUCCAUGUUAUGAGGAAGUAAGAGAAGCCAUGGAAGUCCUAAUGGAGCUGAUGAAAAGGGAGGGUUAUGAGGCAGAUACAAGUGAGGUUCAUCAUGAUGUGGAAGAGGAGCAAAAGAAAUACUUGCUUUGCCGCCAUAGUGAGAGGCUUGCCAUUGUGUUCGGUAUCAUCAACACGCCCGCCGGGACGACAAUUCGUGUCACGAAGAACCUCCGCGUGUGUACCGACUGUCACACAGCAACAAAGUUCAUUUCAAAGAUAGUUGGGAGGGAGAUUGUUGUGAGGGAUAACAGUCGAUUUCACCAUUUCAAGAACGGAAUGUGUUCCUGUGGAGAUUACUGGUAACAGAGCCGUUCGAGAGGGAAAUUCAUAUUCUCUGCCUGGUUGCUUCUAUUGCAAUUCGCGAGCGAACAUGCAGGCCAGUGAUAGAUUUAACAUAAAUUCCCAGCUUGAGCACCUUCAAGCGAAAUAUGUGGGAACUGGGCAUGCGGACUUAAAUAGAUUUGAGUGGGCAGUAAACAUUCAGCGAGAUAGCUAUGCAUCUUAUGUUGGACAUUACCCCAUUCUAGCAUACUUCGCUAUAGCCGAAAAUGAAUCUAUUGGGAGGGAACGCUACAACUUCAUGCAGAAAAUGUUGUUACCCUGCGGCCUUCCUCCAGAAAGAGAAGAUGAUUGAGAUUGUAAUUAUAUAAGUAAUUGAAGUUGUUAAGAUUGCAAAAACGGUCAGUCAUUGUAGGGUUGAUGAAUUUCUUGUUUAUGAACCAACGAUGGUAAGAUUUUCUUGGAUAUUGAAAUUUUCUGUAUGAUUU